AUGACUUCUUCAAACGCUUCCACUACUUCAGAUCUGGAUUCUUCAUUGGAUCCUUUAAGUUCUGCUCCGGCGUUAUCAUUGGAUCCUUCAAGUUCUGCUCCGGCGUCAUCAUUGAAUCCUUUAAUUUCUGAUCCGGCUUCAUCAUUGGAUCCUUCAAGUUCUGCUCUGGCGUCAUCAUUGAAUCCUUUAAGUUCUGCUCCGGCUUCAUCAUUGGAUCCUUCAAGUUCUGCUCCGGCGUCAUCAUUGAAUCCUUUAAGUUCUGCUCUGGCGUCAUCAUUGAAUCCUUUAAGUUCUGCUCCUGCUUCAUCAUUGGAUCCGUCAAGUUCUGCUCUGACGUCAUCAUUGAAUCCUUUAAGUUCUGCUCCGGCUUCAUCAUUGGAUCCUUCAAGUUCUGCUCCGGUGUCAUCAUUGAAUCAUUUAAGUUCUGCUCCUGCUUCUUCAUUGAAUCACGCUAGUUCUCCUCCGUUUUGUUCUCCAUUGGAAUCCGUUGUUGCUGUUUCAUUGGAGGAAAUCAGACCGUUGACUCAAGUUAACCAAAACAUCCCAUUGGCCAAACGACCCAGGGCCAACAAUCGUGCUGGUAGCACAAGGAUUCUAACCGAUACGCCAGAGAAGAUGAAAAUUGACGAAGACAAUAGACGAAAAGAAGAGAAAGACAUAAAAAGAAAGAACGAGAGCGAAAAAAGUGGUACAGUGUCCAAUAUGGGUCCGGUCUCCCCUAUACUAAUGAGCAAGAUGCGCAAGCGCAACCCUCCGCUGGAAGAUAUCGGAUUGCUGAGAAUGGAAGUGUCCAGCUAUCUUGCCAUCCCAGAUGUGGCAGAGCAUCAAACGUUUACUCUUGUGCUGGCUUUACGUAGAAGUGGCCUCUCACCAUCGACGUGCACCAUGGCUCAAAAUCCAGCUGAAUCUGCCUCAUCCGUCAAGAGCAAGCUGAAAGAAUCCCGUGAAAAGGAAGAAGAGUGUCUGAAGAAUCUGAAGGAAAACCAAUUUCAGCUGGUGCAAGCCAGAAAAGAAGUCGUGGACGUGAUUUACGCCCAUUAG